AUGACUGCGGAACAGGUCCAGCAAGCCGUGGUGCAUGGUGCAACUGCUCUGGUUCUGCAGCUUGCAGAGCGGGAGGUCCCCAAACCAGAGAAGCAGAAACUGCUACAGCCACAACAGGUACCGCUGGAAGUUGGCGCUGGGGAGCAUGUUGCUUCUGCGGUGCAUGCCAGUGCCGAGUGCAGUUUCGUAGCAUUCGAGGACGGUGCCGUUUUUGGCUGUGGGUUGAACGGCGAUGGUCAGGUUGGACUUGGGUUUGUGAGCAUGGCCGUACAGCAGCUUCAGGCCGUGCCCGCUGUGCGAAGGGCUUCCUGGAUAGGAGGUGGACUGCACAGCAGCGCAGCGCUGGUGGACGGACGCGUGUUCACGUGGGGCAAGGCAGAGGAAUGCGGCAUUGGUCUGGGGGAGAAGGACCCUCCGGUGCUGCAGCCUCGAGAAGUUCAGGGGCUUCCGAGAGUGCGAGCGCUGCGAUGCGCAGGCCAUCACAUGUUGGCCAGCACUGAGGGCGGAGACCUCUUUGUGUGGGGUUGUGGCUUGACGCAUCAGCUGGCCAACCGGCCACGGGACGUGUCAAACCCAACCGAUGCAGAUGAGGAGCCCACGGAUGAGCUGAGACCCUACCAGGUGUCUUCGAAGCAGCUGCAGAAGCGCUUUGUGAUUGUGGCAGAUGGGGGAGCUCAGCACAGCGUGGAGCUGGCAUGGGGCGGCGAGUAUAGCACGCUCAGCCAGGACGGAGCUGGCACCGGCUCACCCAUGGAAACGGACAUAGCAGAACCCCCUGCAAAACGCCUGAGAGCGCUUGAGGCGGCCGAAAUGGAUGCUGCCUUGGCUCCAGAGGUUCUGCGGGAGGUAUUGCGCUGUUUUUCCGGUCCCAUGCUUCAUGAGCCUCCUGCG